UGGUUGAGACUCAGAUCAAAGUAAAACGUUCGCCAGGAACGACCUAAAAUUUCGUUUCUCCCAAAAACUGCCGUUUCAGUGCCGGUCUCCAAAUCCAAAACCUCCGUUUAGUAAUGUUUCUGGCUAAAAAUUCCACCUCGCUAAGUCCACAGAUCCUCAAAGAGGCCGGGGGUCUAGUAUUAAAGGGCUUCCUUAACCAUCGACUGGCCCACACGGAUGGCAACGGCAGGUGCGCCAAGAAGAAGAAGAAGGAGCGGAAGUGCGAGAAGUAUGUGCCCAGCAAUUCCCUGAAGCCCGAAUGCCUGCCGGUGGAGGCCCAGAAGCCCAAGUACUACAAGCAGCUCAAUCCCUGCAAGACGGACAAGGAGCUGGCGGUGCAGCAUCCCAAGUACUUGGGCGUCUGGGGUCGCUGCAACAUCCCCUACAAGCCGGAGCCCCUCUGCCAGGAUCCCUGCGAUCUGGUCGAGCGGCUGGACGACAAGUUCUACAAGCCCAGCAAGUCGCUGGACCGCGAGUUCGAUCAGUACUGGGUGGAGUGCUUCUUCCGCAAGCAGAAGCGCUGCUGCAAGAAGGUCGCUCCCGAGCGAACCUACCGCGUGGAGGGCAAGAAGUGCGGUGCCAAGCCGAAGGCGAAGCAGUGCUUCAUGGUCAAUCCCAUGCCGUGCAAGCAGGAGGCCAAGGAGGGACCCUGCCCCAAGUUCUCGCUCUGCGACUGUCCCCCGCCCGCCGCCGUGACCACCUGCCGCAUUGCUCCGCGCCGGAAGAGAUGCCGCCGCAGGGCGUGUCAGUAUCCCAGCUUCUCGGAGUGCCAGCACGAGGAGCUCAACACCACCAGACCCAUCGAGUGCCGCUGCCUGGAGGUGCCUCCUCUGUGCCUGGUCUAUCGAUAUGGCCUCCUCGACCGGCGACUUCCCUGCGAUCCCCCAGAGAGACGCGAUGACUGCGAAUAGUGGACAUG